UACAACAACGCUGCGUUUGGCCAGAGUUUUCACACAUUCCCCUCCGAAGGCGCGCCACUUCUCAGGACACAUUUCAGGCCACUCAGUGGAGAAUGUGCUUGAUUGUCUUUGGAAGGAGGAGAAAAGUUUGUUUGGAAGCUGCUGACUGGAUCAACAGAGGCUGAACACUGAGGAGACAUGAAAGUUGUGACUGGACUGUUGCUGAUGCUGCUCAGAGUCUCUCAUGGUGUGGAAACCUACUGUGAUGGCAGAAUAAAUGGAGCUCAGUGUUAUGGAGCUUUGGGAGGAACUGUGGUCCUCCGGCUGAUGAACAGCAUCUCAGGAAUACACGGAUACCAAUGGGUCAAAAACGAAACAGAUAUACUCUUUUGGAGAAAUGAUAAGUUAAUAACUAAUCUGUUAGAAAACAGAUCCUCAUUUACUCCCAGUGAUGGAACAUUUAGGAUCAAUAACCUGAGCAGGACUGAUGGUGGUGCAUAUACUCUAAAAAGCUUUGAUUUGAAAGGACAUCAAUUAGAUCUUCAGAUUCUACAGCUGAACAUUCAAGCUCCUGUGUCCUCUGUCCGGCUGGUCUCUGAGUGUCUGUCCCAGGGAGAGAUGAGGGUGUCCUGCUCCUCUGAGGGAGGGGACAGUCCUCAGUACAACUGGACUCUGGAUGGACACACACUGACAGAUGCUCAGCUCCUCUCUGGAAAUAAAGACAGUAACAACAUCACUCUGAGACAAUACGUCUCAGGACAACUGGUCUGCUCAGUCAGCAAUAACGUCAGUCGAGUCUCGAAGGAAGACACGAUAUCUACCUGUGGCUUCAUAUUCAUUGACUGCAUCUCCAAUGGGACGCACAUAUCACAGUGGGUGUUUGAAGCCAAUAACACCCUGUGUGUUGAGUCAACAACAGCCCGUACCUCCACCACUGAGGGUAAGGAGCCUGGCAUCACAGUGUCAAAUAAACCCUCCACUAAUAACACAACCACCAGCCAAAAUCUGCACAUCAAGGAUGAACACUGGUACAUUAUGGCAGGCGUCCUGGCUGUACUGGUAAUUCUCCUCGUGGUCGGCGUGGCAGUCGUUUGUGCACAUAAGACACGGCAAAACAACAAGCCAAAAGAAGAAGACGAUGAGCAGGAGCUGACGUAUGCUGAUGUCCGGGUCGUGCAGCGGCAGGUGAGGCGAGAGCAGCAGAAAGCAGAGGCCGGGGUGGAGUACGGAGAGGUCAGGUUCUCUGGGCAACCCCGGCAGAGCGCCCCACCAGCGGGAGAUGAUUGUGUGUACUCCAUGGUCCGUAGAGACAGGUGAUCCAGACUGUUAUUACAAAGACUGCACCUCUGAAGGCAGACGGAGGAGGUGUUUCACCUUGAUGGGUAAAAUGAUAAAAAAUGAUAUACAAGCCAAUAAUAAUAAUAAUAAUAAUAAUAAUAAUAAUAAUAAUAAUAAUAAUAAUAAUAAUAAUAAUAAUAAUGAUAUGUACGUAUAAUAUAUUCUUCCUCCUUUUCUUCUGCUUCUUCUUUGUCUUCUUCCUCUUGUUAGUGGGCAGCUGAGUAUCAGUUCCAUCACUGAAUCAGACUGUGGCUUGUUUUUGUAGAAUAUAUAUUUUUUUGUAUUUAUCUUUUUUUAAUGAACAUUUUUUCUUUUGGUAUCCAGAAUGUUUUGCCGUCUCCCUUUUCCUGUUCCACAAGUUGUGCUGCUUAUCUUUUACUUGUUUUUAAUUUAUAAACAUGUCUCCUUUUAUUUUAUUGUUCAAACCACUGUUAACCUGCAAUAAUGACAGAAGGAAUUUUAAGAUCAUUUAAUUUAAUUUAUGAAUAACUACAAAUACAAUAUUUACGGGUACAGGGGAGUGACACUUUGUAAUUUUAGAGGAAAUGAGAAAUAAAUUAUUCUGUAUUUUGUAAGUACUGGGUAACUACUUGUGACAGAGCCAAACAGCUGACAAUAAUGACAUCCUAAGUGAAUCAUGAUAUAACCUAUUUCUCUGUUAUUACAGUCCAAUAAGAAGAAAAACUUUGUGUAUAAAAAACCAUGGAUUAUUAUAUAUAUUCUAAAAAAUAGAUCAAAUCUAUAUGGGUCAUAUUGAAGGAACAGUGUUAAAUUGAGACUGCUUCAGCUUUCCUUGUAUUACAUUAAAAUGAAUGAAAAUAAUGUAUGCUUGAUCUACCUUCAUAUGUGAGAUUCAUAAUAUGAUAAUAAGCCUAACUUAUGUUACUGCAGGAUGUCAUUGUUGUCAGGUAGGAACCAUGCUCUAACAAAAUAUUUACAAUUUGACUUAUUUCUCUUUUCCUCUGAAAUUUCCAAGCGUUUCCCUUGUCACCCUGCACCCACAAUUAAGUACAAGUAGGAACCUGUAAGUAUUAUGUAUACACUUAUUCAUAAAAUGAAAAAAAAAAGUGACUUCAGUAUGUUUGUGUUGGUCCAUCAUCUGUGUUUGAAUUUGAUCUUAAAUGGCUACUUCAACUUUAUGUCCCAGGAAUAAAGGUGCACCUGACCUAAA